AUGGCUCUGCCCUUCUUGUUCCUCCCUGGCAGAAUAGAGUGGAAUGUCACCCGCUGGUCCAAGGGGAAGCUACGAGAGCUCCUGGUGGGAAUCAUCCUGCAGAACGAGGCUGGCUGUGAGAUUAGUGAGCUGAAGCAGGUGGAAGGCAAGACUUCCUGCAGCAGCCACAAAGGAAAGCUGAUUUUCUUUUAUGAGUGGAACAUCAUUUUGCUCAUUUUAGGUGUAAUUAAAGAAUCUGGUGCCAAGCAGAAGGGAUUGAUUGAAAUACCCAGCCUUUCUGAAGAAAAGGGUGUAGAUGGCACUGAGCGCAACAGAACAAACUCUUUAGAUUGCAACUGGGAUCUGGGAUCAGACCCGCCUCAACUGAAUGAAAGAGAUGGGGAUAUAUUGAAGGAUCUUAUAAAUGCAGGCCCCGCCAAGGUCAGGGAGGCCCUUGGAGAUUAACUGAAGGCACUUAAGACAGAAUUUACAAUGGGCAUGAUUUUACUGACAAAACUGGGACAACCCAAGGACUGGCUUUUGAGAGGAGACAGUUUGGUGCAAAAAUUUUCUGCAUCUGCUGAAUUAGAAGCUAAAAAGAGAGGGAAAUUCCAAAUGUUUGAUGGGAACAUCAUCAGUGAAUAUAUAGAAUUGUUAACAAAUGAAAAGAUAUGGACAUGCAGGAACUGGCCAGAGGUAUGUUACUAUGUGUUAACAGUUGCACUGCCCUUUGUGCCUCCUCCAGGGCAAACUGAAUUACAGUUGGACUGCAAAGGAGUUCCUGUCUGUAAGGAAGAAAACAUGACAUUCUGUUGGCAGAAGCAGCAAUCUGAAGAAAUAAAAGGCUUAUUACUGCAGCUGACAACCCUAAAUGGUUGA